GAUCAUAAACCAAGAAGGGCUUUUCCCUAUUUUUUUAAUAUCCCCUAGGCAUAGAUAUCUUCACCCUUUUUCCUUUCUUCACUUGGAUUUUCUCAACGAGUUGAUCGGAUGUAGCAGAUUAUGUGCAGGUGGACAUUCCCAAGCAUACCUUUAUUCUUUUGGGCAUUAGGAUAGCGAACAUAGCGUUGCAACGUGCUGAUUUUUAUGUGUUUCUAUAUAAAUCUUAUCCAAGAACGAGCUGCUGCAACGUGUGGUUUACGCCUACUAGUUUGAUUUAAGUUUGAAACACAAUUACGACAAGUAGAAAAAACAAAAGUAGAUAUACCUGUGUCACGAUUCUGAACUUUGAUCGUUUUGCUUAGCAAAAUCGCUUUCUUUGGCGGGCUCAGUUCAGCAAAUGGUUUUGUGUCUUUACUCUUUUGACUUAUCUUCUUGGGUGGGUUAGGAAGUUGUGGUUACCGUUUGUUUUAGGAAGAUCUAGCUUUCAGUUCCGAUGAGUUCUACACCGGUGAAACUCAUUUCAGAAUGCUUCAUCAAACCACUGGACGACCUCUCACAGUCACCGGAGGCAAAGCAGCCUAUCCAUUUCACACCUUUUGAGCUGGCCUGGCUCAACGUCAAAUACGGCCAAAGAGGUCUCCUUUUCAGAAAACCACCUUCACCCGAUUAUUUCUCAAUAAACACAUUCUUGAAUCACCUCCAACACUCUCUCUCCGCCACCCUCACACAUUUCUACCCGCUCGCUUCCCGUUUCACCACUCGAAAACAAGAAAACCCACCUUCAUACGUCAUCUACUUGGAUCCAGAAAACACCCCUGGCGCCAAGUUUAUUUAUGCCAAGGCGGGUGCCACAGUAUCCGACGUUAGUGACCCACCUGACGUACCUUUACUUGUCCAUUCGUUGUUUGAUCUUAAUACAGCCAUUUCUUAUGACGGUCACACGCUGCCGUUGUUAUCCGUUCAGGUGACCGAACUUGUGGAUGGAAUAUUCAUCGGUUGCUCCGUCAACCACAUGGUGGCCGACGGGACCUCUUUAUGGCAUUUCAUGGCUACCUGGAGUGAAAUAUUCAGAUCCGAAGGGAAAUCAAUUUCUCGUCCUCCGGUAUUCAAGCGAUGGGUGCUGGAUGGAUAUGAUCCUAUUAUCAAUAUCCCCUACAACCAUCAAGAUCAGUUUAUUGAACGAUUAGAAAUCCAAACCUUUAAAGAGCGAUUCUUCAAGUUCUCAUCAACGGCCAUCUCCAAGCUCAAAGCAACAGCAAAUUCUGAAUGCAAUACGCAUAAGAUUUCAAGUUUACAAGCUGUUAUCGCGCUUUUAUGGAGGUGCAUCACCCGUGCGCGAUGUCUACCACACGACCAUGAAACCACUUGUUCGUUGAUGCUUUCUACCCGGCCUAGGUUGAACCCACCUUUGUCUGAUGAUUAUUUUGGCAACCCAGUUCAGUUUGUGGGAGGAAAAGCAUGUGUGGGGGAUUUGUUGGCUCAUGGUCUCGGUUGGGCGGCUUUCCAGCUACAUGAAGCUGUGAUAAACCACGAUGAUCAAGCAAUCAAGGAAGAGGUUGAGUCAUGGAUAAGAAGCCCAGUGAUAUAUAAAAUGAGUCAGCUGAAUGAUCCGAACCUGGUGCACGUUGGGAGCUCACCAAGAUUUGACAUGUACGGGUGUGAAUUUGGGUUGGGUAAAGCGGUCGCGGUUAGAAGCGGGUGCACCAACAAAUGUGACGGUAAGAUAACAGUGCAACCGGGGCGAGAAGGAGGCGGUAGCAUGGACGUAGAACUUUGCCUUAUGCCCGAGUGUAUGAAAAAUAUUCAAUCUGACCAGGAGCUCAUGAGUGCUCUAACGUUUGUUUUGUAACAUGUAUUUUUAUUUAAAACAAAUAUUAUUC